AUGAGGAAGGCUAAUCUUGCAACCAAAAAGGCUCAAGCUGCAAACACUAGCGUGUUGGAUGGAAUUGGGGUGGGGGGUUCCCAGCCUAGGGUUGCCGAGGGUUUGGCUUCUGAGGCCCUGUCCUGCGAAACCACUCCUGCCAUGUCGGAUAGCAACUCUCAAACUAUGCACCAACCAUCUGUGCCUCCGUCGGAUCCAGAAACCUACUGGAAACAGAAAGCAGCCUCCAUCAAUUCAGGCAGGGUCAGGACGCUCAUGGGACCGCCCAUAAAUUCCCCAACCACCCAUUCUUAUUCAGUGGCUGGGAUGAAGCACAAAUUUCCUGAUGAUGUAGCAGGAUCAGUACAGUCAAACCCUGAGAUGAUUCCUGGUCAUCCCAAUAAGGUUUUGAUGUCAACAUCGGUGCAACUUCAAAAUGUACAAACUCGGGAAUUCCCCAUUCACCUUCCACCUUCAUUUGACAUGAAUGGUAAUCUGACGACGAUGGCUCUUCAUAAUAAUGCAAUUGCUGAUCAGCUGUUGAACUCUCAUUAUCAGGCUGUCACUAUGACACCUUUGAAAAGUCCGAGAAUGGAGAUGGGACUAGUUUCUAUGCCUAUGCCCACUGAACAUCUUGAAGAUGAUGAAGAGGACAUAAAACCAAAGAUAGGAGCCCUUACAAAGAAGGAAGUCAAGGAAUCCCUUGGUGGCAUCGUGUAUGAUGAGAUCACCACGAUUUUGCUGACAACUCUAUUUUCCGAAUUCCCAACCAAUGGGGACAAAAAGAUGGCAAAGGCUAUGGCUGCCCUUGCCUUGGAAAAUGAGACCAAUCUUUUCUUCUGUGAGUUUUACCCUGCAGGUGGACAGGCACAUCGUGGUGCAUUCAGUCACCCUGCACUGAAAGUCAUUCUUUUGGAAACAUUCAAGCUGCUACCUGCUCCAAUUGUAUUCUCAGAUCAGAUUGUUCCCAAACUCGUAUCCUCCUUCCCAACGAUGCUUUUAGCCUUUGCCGGCACAAUUAUCCAUAAUGUACUUGAUUGUUAUGUUGAGAAUGGGACAUACAAUCGCAAGCUGAACUUGGACAACAAAUACAAAUGUUGGUUCAAGAUCUAUACCACUUGGAUUAAUGACUGGGUUUCACAAUGA